AUGAAUUUUGAUCUUGGAUAUAUAAAACGUAUUACUGACAAUUUUUCGGAGGCGCGGAAGGUUGGCAGUGGUGGGUACGGAGAUGUUUACAAGGGAGAACAUUACGGGGAGGAUAUUGCUGUGAAAAGGCUUCACCCCUUGCAAGGACUUGAUGAUCUGGAAUUCCACAAUGAGUUCCACAACCUUGCAAAAAUCGACCAUCCAAACAUCAUACAGUUAAUUGGCUAUUGUUACGAAUCACAGCACAAGUACGAUGAGGACCAUGGAAAAGAAGUUUUUGCAAAAACACUAGAGCGAGUUCUGUGCUUCGAAUAUAUGCAUAGUGGAAGCCUUCAAACUUAUAUUGAAGAACAAGGAGCCCAAAAUUGCAGAUCUUGGUUCAUCAAGACUUGGUGCUUCUAUAGAAACUCAAGAAUCGGGGACUCUAAAAGGAACAACACUGUGUGUGCCAAAUGGAAGGGAAGGCUGGAAGCAACGUCGAGUUCCUCAUCACACGAACUGGACAACCAACGAUUGGAGACAUGCGUUGAAAUAGGAUUAAGAUGCACCGAAGAUGACCCAAAUGAAAGGCCUGCGAUAAAAGAUAUUGUGUGCCAAUUGGAAGAACUGGAAGCUAAGAGUAGGAAUAAAAUGUCAUUGGCUUCUUCUGAAGGCCAGUCAAGAGACUUCCAGAACAAAUAUUUCCCAAAAGAGGAGAAUGAUGGGCCGUCCCACAAGAAAAGUGAAUGGACAACAGAGGAAGCGGAGGCAGCAGGGAAGGAGCCUGAGGCACCACGCAAGGAGGCUGCAGAGAACUGCUUUGGUGAAGUAGUGGACAACAAGAUGCUGGACGAAGUGGCGAGGUACACGGGCAGACCCAAGACACAGGAAGAUCGGGCAAGGGUGGCCUGGUCUCUUAUAACCCAUGAUGACAAGAAGGGCAAUGCAUCCAAACGUGUGGACGUCCUUAAGGCCAUGUACGGCAAUGGGCAGUCCACACUGUGUUUAUUUUACAAUGCGACUGGGGACACUCUCCGCUACGUCACCAACCACGACUGGUAUGGCUACAUCGACAGCAGAGCAGAGUACCCGGCUGAGGUCGGCAACGGACAGUGGGCUGCAUUCCUUCAUGUCCACAGGCAAGGCGAGCCCUCCGGUUCCGUGGGAGCCGUCGUGUACCGCGGCAAGAAGAAAGAUGGCCAGUUCCAGGAGUACAUGCUCGCCUGGAGUACCCCCUGGGGUUUCUACUACCGUAACAAGUUAGAUGAAGCAGCAAUCAUGCAUAUAUGGGGUUUAAUCUGUGAAGAUUGUGAUAUGAAUAAAGCUUAUGUUGAGACUGGUGGCGGCUUGAACUACUUCCAACGACGUUGGGAUGAGAUAUAUGUGAAACUAGUUAAUUCUGAUUAUUCUUCAAAAACCAAGUCCGGUGGUUGCGAGAUUGAAGCACAAAUUGACAAAGGUGACAGUCCUAAAUAUAUUGCAACAAUCAAACUCGAGCAUGGUUCAUGA